AUGGAUGAGUCUGACUUGGGCAGUCGCCCUGGGGCUUACAUGGUCCAACAGGUGGAUCCUGCCAGUUGUCCUCGGUCUCCUAUUUUUGGUCCAGUAGGUUGGAGUGGCACAAUGGGCCAGCGCAGUUGGGUUUCCCCAUCAGGAAACCCAAAUGUUGGGUCAGGAAAACCAAAUGUGGAAAAUCUGAAGCAACCAAAGAAGCUCAAGUGGCACACAGAAAUAAAGGAGAACACAGCUUUAUUUUCCCCAGCGGGCUCAGCAGGAUCCUUCCCAAAGACCGAGUACCCAACAGGGUUAGGGGCAGUAGAGGAAGAAAGUGUGAUUCUCACAUUGGUUCCAGUGAAUGAGGAGCCUAAUGAAGAACAUCAAAUGGAACCAAGUGUUUCUUCAACUUCAGAAAUCAGCCUGAUGAUGCCUGGGUCAAGUGAUAAAGUUUGUCAUCCUCAGAUAAAUGAAAAAUCAAGUUUUUGUUCAAAACACAGUUGUAAUAUGCAAGUCCUUCCCUUACCAACCAGUUUGCCUUCAUUUAAUAAAGUACGUUGGGACACUUUGCAGAAAUGGUGCCAACAACUGAAUUUGAGUACCGAUGGCCAGAAAAUAGAGGUUUAUAUGAGGCUCCAGAAACAUGCUUACCCUGAAAUAAACCAGAAUAUUCCUGAAACAUCACCAGAAGCUAAAUUGCAGUCAUGUUCAAGGAAAGGCAAGAUGGUGGCCAAGAAAGCAAGGCUUUGGAAAAGUUGUAAGAAGAGUGGGGGGGGGGAUAAUACAGUCGAGGUGGUAACAUCAGCGCAGGAAGGCAUGUUGGCAGCAUGGUCAAGAAUUGCUGCGAGAGCCAGUCAGUCCAAGUCUGUGAAUUCACGUUCCAUUCCUGCUUCUGUUGAGACCUUUCUGCUGCAAGCCUCUGGUGUCCGGUGGUGUGUGGUCCAUGGCAGACCUCUCUUGGCAGACACACAAGGUUGGGCUCACCUGCAAUUUCAUGCAGGUCAGGCCUGGGUGCCUGACACUCCCAAAAGGAUGAUCUCUCUCUUCCUGUUACCCGCCUGCACUUUCCCACCCCCAGGCCUAGAAGACAACAUGUUAUGCCCUGAAUGUGUGAAGAGAAAUAAGAAGAUGAUGAAAAGAUUAAUUGUACUGGGAAAGGAAAAGCAACCUCGUUUGAAUAGACCAACAUCAUUCCCUUUUGAUGGGCCAUAUCUUAAUAAAGAAUAA